AUGACAGAGCACGAAAAGCUUGACACGGUUGGGCCAGCGCCCACCAUCUCAGCAACCUCAACAUUGCGCAGCGAGACCGCUGAAGAAAUCGAAAAAAGCACAGCACAAGCCAAUCACAAUGCAGAGUCGCAUAGUAGGUCACCAUCGUCUGUCCACAGCAGUCACGACGAAAUGAACGAGCAUGAUCCUGCGCUGGAUAAAGAGGAGGCCACGGCUAUUGAGGCUACGCGCACAAAGUCCGAGCCAGAGUAUAUCUCUGGCAUGAAGCUGUAUUCUUUGCUGGCCGCGCAGACGCUGGUGUUUUUCUUGGUUAUGAUUGACAUGUCGAUUGUUGCUACUGCUACGCCGAAUAUCACGAGUGCCUUUCACUCUCUGACAGAUGUGGGUUGGUAUGGAAGUGCGUAUCAAUUGGCUUGUGCCUCUCUUCAACCGCUCGCCGGAAAAAUCUACUCCAACUUUCGUGCCAAGUGGACGUUUUUGAUCUUUUUUGGAAUCUUCGAGUUCGGCUCUCUCCUCUGCGGUGUCGCCACCUCGUCCAAGAUGCUCAUUGUGGCUCGAGCCGUCGCGGGCAUUGGCAGCUCCGGGCUCAUGAAUGGUGGUUUGACCAUCAUUUCGGCGUCGAUCCCAUUGCACAAACGGCCCAAAUACUUUGGUAUGUUGAUGGGUAUAUCCCAGAUGGGAAUUGUGUGCGGACCGCUUCUCGGUGGUGCAUUCACUACGUAUGUGAGCUGGCGAUGGUGCUUCUAUAUUAACCUUCCCGUCGGCGCCAUCGCUGCCCUCUUGUUCGUCUUUGUCGAAGUGCCCGAGACAGUCAAGCCACGCACCAUGCCCGUUCUCCAAAUCAUCCGCACCAAACUCGAUCUCUUUGGGUUCGCAAUCUUCGCACCCGCCGCAAUCCAAUUUUUUUUGGCACUGGACUAUGGCGGCAACCAAUACCCCUGGGGCAGCUCCGUCGUGAUCGGCCUGUUCUGCGGCGCGGGAGUCAUGUUUAUUCUGUUUCUUGUGUGGGAGUACUACGAAGGUGACAAUGCGAUGAUGCCGUUCUCGAUGAUGAGAAUCCGGGCUGUAUGGUCAUCGUGUCUGGUCUCGUUGCUGUUUUUUGGAUGCGUGCAGGCGUCGACUUACUAUAUUCCGAUUUACUUUCAGACGGUGCGGCAAGCGUCGGCCAUGCUGAGUGGUGUGUAUACGCUGCCGUCUAUUAUCACGCAACUGUUUACUGGUGUGAUCUCUGGUAUUCUUGUCGGCAGACUUGGCUACUAUCUCCCCUGGAUGAUCGCCAGCAGCAUGGUAUGGGCCAUUGCCAGCGGCCUCAUCUCAACCUUCUCCCUACAUACUUCGACAGGACGCUGGAUCGGAUACCAGAUCCUAAUGGGCUUCGGACGCGGCCUGGGCAUGCAAAUCACCUUGAUUGCCAUCCAAAACGCCAUCCCACCAACCAUGGUGCCCGUGUCAAUGGCGCUCAUCUCCUUUUCGCAAACCUUUGGCGGAUCAGUGUUCCUCACCAUCGCCGAGACUAUUUUGUCAAAUAGUCUGACCACAAACCUGGCCAAGUACGCACCAGACGUGGACACGGCAGCUAUCGUGGCAGCGGGUGCCUCUGGCGUGAAAAAGGUUGUGGGCAACGACCCAACGAAACUCGACGAAGUCCUGACUGCUUAUGCGAAGAGUAUUAGCAAUAUCUUUUAUUUUGUGGUGGGCGCUUCGUCGCUCAUGUUUUGCGUGUCUUGGUUAAUGGGGUGGAAGGAUAUUCGGAAGAAGGAGAAGAAGAAGGUGCCUGUUGAGGAUCCGGAAAAGUCCGCUGUGGCGGAGUAG